CCUUUCAGUCCUCACUCUGCAUUUGUUUAUAUCCUCCUCCUUGCUGAGAUUAAAGGAAUACCUGUGUAGUGCUGCUCUAUUAUGAUUUCUGCUAAGCCUCAGGAUAGGUUCUGGUAUUUUUUUUAGGUGGACUGCCAGCUGCCGAUCUCACUGUUGACAGUAAAAGCAGAUAUGUUCCUUCCUCACUGCCAUUAGCACUGACCAUGACCCUUCACACCAAAACCUCUGGAGUUACCCUGCUGCACCAGAUUCAAGGCACUGAACUGGAGACACUGAGCAGACCUCAGCUGAAGAUUCCCCUGGAAAGAUCACUCAGCGACAUGUACGUGGAGAGCAACAAGACAGGAGUUUUUAACUACCCAGAAGGGGCCACUUAUGAUUUCGGUACUACGGCUCCAGUGUACAACUCUACUACUCUCAGUUAUGCCCCUACUUCUGAAUCUUUUGGGUCCAGCAGUCUGGCAGGAUUUCACUCACUGAACAAUGUCCCACCAAGCCCAGUGGUGUUCUUGCAAACGGCACCCCAGCUCUCACCCUUCAUCCAUCAUCACAGCCAACAGGUACCCUAUUACCUUGAGAACGAACAGAGCAGCUUUGGGAUCAGGGAAGCUGCUCCUCCAGCCUUCUACAGGCCAAGCUCUGAUAACAGGCGCCACCGGGAGAGGUUGUCCAGUACUAAUGAGAAAGGGAACCUGUCCAUGGAGUCCACCAAGGAGACCCGGUACUGUGCUGUCUGCAAUGACUAUGCUUCAGGCUACCAUUAUGGCGUCUGGUCCUGUGAGGGUUGCAAAGCAUUUUUCAAAAGGAGUAUUCAAGGGCACAAUGACUACAUGUGUCCUGCUACGAACCAGUGCACCAUUGACAAGAACAGAAGAAAGAGUUGCCAGGCUUGCCGACUAAGAAAAUGCUAUGAAGUGGGAAUGAUGAAAGGUGGAAUCCGGAAAGACCGCAGAGGUGGGCGAAUGAUGAAACAAAAACGCCAAAGAGAGGAGCAGGAUUCCAGAAAUGUGGAGGCUUCUUCUACAGAGCUGCGAGCUCCCACCCUUUGGACAAGUCCACUGGUGGUUAAACAUAACAAGAAGAACAGUCCAGCCCUGUCCCUGACAGCAGAACAGAUGGUCAGUGCCUUGCUGGAAGCUGAGCCACCCAUAGUUUAUUCUGAAUAUGACCCAAAUAGACCAUUCAACGAAGCCUCUAUGAUGACCCUGUUGACCAACCUUGCAGACAGAGAAUUAGUGCACAUGAUCAACUGGGCAAAGAGAGUUCCAG